GCGAAAUUAAGAAAGCAAUAACAUUGUUUAUGAUCAAUAUGUCGAUCUCCAGUGGCCAAUAUCAUAACUGGACAGCUUUUAUUACAUCAUGUUGUAGCAUGGCAGAAUCCUAUGAAAUCAAGAAUGCAUGAGGUCAUGCAGUACUGGUCAAAGAUGUACAAUACGUCAUCAUUAUUCCAGUAAGUCAUCUUGUGACUGAAAAAUGGCUUAUGUCUCAGUCUGUGUAUUAAUCAUCCUCUUCUGUCUAUGAGGAACUGAUGAGGUAAACGUUUAGGUUUAGAUCGUGGUUAAAACUGUUUCUAGAAAUUCUCUUACGCUCUGGAAUGCAUUAUUGUUUGGUCCUACACCUAUGAACUUGGCUAGAAAUAUUUUCGGCUUGAUGAUAACUAUGUGUAGGACAGCCCUGCUAUUUAGAAAGUGGAAUAAGGGAAGAGUGGUCCUCAGGAAAGUAUGACUUAAUACAAACUCAAACACGUCUUCUUACCAUUAGGAAAAGUAGUUAUUAAGCUUUUAUUGAAGAUGGUAUGAAUCAAUUCUAACUAUUUUCCUGAAACUUCCCAUUUUACAUCUUCAUUUGAUUGACAACAGAUUAAAUGGUCAAAUUGGACGAGUUUAAAAAAGUCUGUUUUCCAACAGUCAUUACCUUCUCCGCCUUCAGAUGGCAUUGUUGUGACUGCUAUCCAUAGCUCAGGCCUGCUUCUUUCCCACAAUGCUUGACGCGCAUCGAAAUUUUGCCCUACCUGUCCACACUUGCCGCUGUUCAUCAAUUUCUUCACCUCCGACUUCCAACAACCUGGCCUCUCCCUCAGCUCUACCGUUCCUGGCUAGGAAAGUCCAAGGAGUGGUCAGAGAAUGAAAAGAUUUCGUUGUGGAAAAGUAAAACGCUGUUUUGAAAUGGACCUUUUGAAUUUAUCUCAGAGGAAUUUAUACCGAGUUUAAUGAUAUCCUACACUCGGCUGGUUUAAGGAGUUGGAGGAGUUUUUUUCUUUCAUCAUUUUGAAGAAGGCAAACAGGAAGUAUUCACAAUCGGUAAACAACCAUGGGGAGUAAGGAGCAAUACCACUGGCAGACCCAGAAUGUGAAGGUGAGCGGUGUGGACGACAUGGUCCUGCUCUCCAAGAUCAAUGAAGACUCCAUCACCGAAAACCUCAAGAAGAGAUACAUGGACGACUACAUCUUUACCUAUAUCGGUCCAGUGCUGAUCUCAGUCAAUCCCUUCAAACAGCUGCCAUACUUCACUGAUCGAGAAGUGGAAUUGUACCAGGGUGCAGCCCAGUAUGAGAAUCCACCACACAUCUACGCAUUGGCAGACAACGUGUACCGCAACAUGAUGAUUGACAUGGAGAACCAGUGUGUGAUAAUCAGUGGAGAGAGUGGUGCUGGCAAGACAGUGGCAGCCAAGUACAUCAUGAGCUACAUCUCCAAAGUGUCGGGGGGAGGGCCUAAAGUUCAGCAUGUGAAAGACAUCAUCCUGCAGUCCAACCCCCUCCUGGAGGCUUUCGGAAAUGCCAAGACCGUGCGCAACAACAACUCCAGCCGCUUCGGUAAAUAUUUCGAGAUCCAGUUCAGUCGAGGAGGUGAGCCUGAUGGAGGAAAGAUCUCAAACUUCCUUUUGGAAAAAUCGAGAGUGGUCUCCCAGAAUCAGGAGGAGAGGAACUUCCACAUCUACUACCAGCUCCUAAGCGGGGCUACCAAAGAGCAGAGAGAGAAUCUUGGCGUCACAACAGCAGAUUACUACACCUAUCUCAACCAGUCUGGCACCUACACUGUGGAGGAUGUCAACGACAAGAAGGAAUUUCAAGACACCAUGGAGGCCAUGUCGGUGGUGGGCUUGACUCUUGACGAGCGGGACACUGUGCUGCAGAUUGUUGCAGGGAUCCUCCAUCUUGGAAACAUAGCUUUCAGAGAGGAGGGCAACAAUGCAGUGGUGGAUAGUGAAGACUUCUUAGCCUUCCCAGCCUAUUUGUUGGGUAUUGACCAAGAGGGUCUAAAGAAUAAGCUGACCAGCCGCAUCAUGGACAGCAAGUGGGGUGGGAAGACGGAGACCAUCGCUGUCACCCUCAACCGAGAGCAGGCCUCCUUCACCAGAGACGCCCUCUCCAAAGCACUCUACUCCCGCCUGUUCGACUUCCUGGUGGACGUAAUAAACAAAGCCAUGCAGAAGGACAAUGAGGAGUUCAACAUCGGGGUGCUGGACAUCUAUGGUUUUGAGAUCUUUCAGAAAAAUGGUUUUGAGCAGUUCUGUAUCAACUUCGUGAAUGAAAAACUGCAGCAGAUUUUCAUUGAGCUCACAUUGAAAGCUGAGCAGGAAGAGUAUGUGCAGGAGGGAAUACGAUGGACGCCCAUAGAGUACUUCAAUAACAAAAUUGUGUGCGACUUAAUCGAGUCCAAAUUGAAUCCCCCUGGCAUCAUGAGUAUCCUGGACGAUGUGUGUGCCACUAUGCAUGCCAAGGGUGAGGGGGCAGACCAGACCCUCAUCCAGAAGCUCCAGACAGGGAUUGGCAAUCAUGAGCACUUCAACAACUGGAACAAGGGCUUCGUAGUACACCACUAUGCUGGCAAGGUGUCAUAUGAUGUCAGUGGUUUCUGUGAGAGGAACAGGGAUGUGCUGUUCAAUGACAUCAUUGAGCUGAUGCAGAGCAGUGAAUUCGAGUUUAUCAAAGACCUUUUCCCAGAAAAUCUCGAUGCGGAGAAAAGGGGGCGCCCUACCACUGCAGGCACCAAAAUCAAGAAACAGGCCAAUGACCUGGUGCAGAGGCUGAUGAAGAGCACGCCCCACUACAUCCGCUGCAUCAAGCCCAACGAGACCAAGAAGCCACGGGACUGGGAGGACAGCCGCGCCAAGCACCAGGUGGAGUACCUGGGGCUCAGGGAGAACAUCCGCGUACGCCGGGCAGGCUUCGCCUUCCGCCGGCCCUUCAAGAAGUUCCUGCAAAGAUAUGCCAUCCUGACCAAAGAGACGUGGCCCCAGUGGAAGGGGGAGGAGAAGAAAGGGGUCCUGCACCUGCUCAGCUCUGUCAACAUGGACUCUGACCAGUACCAGCUGGGCAAGGCCAAAAUCUUUGUCAAAGCUCCAGAAUCGCUGUUCCUGCUGGAGGAGAUGAGAGAGAGAAAAUAUAACGGGUAUGCCCGAGUCAUUCAGAAGGCCUGGCGCAAGCACAUUGCUGUUCGCAAAAACGUCAAAAUGCGAGAGGAAGCGUCUGACAUUCUGCUGAAUAAGAAGGAGCGCAGGAAGAACAGCCUGAACCGGAACUUUGUCGGGGACUACAUCGGCACCGACAACCAUCCUGAGAUCCGGCAGUUUGUGGGCCGCAGGGAGAGGAUAGACUUUGCUGAUGUCGUGGUGAAAUACGAUCGCCGGUUCAGGUCUGUGAAGCGUGACCUCAUCCUGACCCCCAAAUUCCUUUACCUGAUUGGUCGGGAGAAGGUGAAGCAGGGCCCAGAGAAGGGCCAGAUCCGGGAGGUCCUGAAGAGACAAAUCGAGGUGGAGAAGAUUCAGUCAGUCUCUCUCAGUACGUUACAGGAUGAUUUCUUCAUUGUGCAUGAGGAGCGUUAUGACAGCGUACUGCAGUGCAUCUUCAAGACCGAGUUCCUCAGCCUGCUGUAUAAACGCUAUGAGGAGAAGACCCAGAGGAAGCUCCCAAUCAAGUUUAACAACCUUCUGGAGUUUAAGGUGAAGAAGGGGGGCUGGGGUCCUUUCUCCUCGGCCGGCUCCAGGCAGAUCCAGUUCCAGGGGGGGCAGGGAGACGAGGCGGUUCUGAAGCCUAGUGGAAAACAAUUGGUUGUCAGUGUUGGACCGGGUCUUCCCAAGAACUCCAGGCCCACUCGACGAGACAACAGGAAGAGCAGACACAUGGGUAACCAGGCCCCCAGCUCAAGAGGGUACUCCCGUGACCCUCAGCGUAAUGAUCCUCGUGGGGGUGGUGGUAGGGGCCGCCAACCGUCAGUCAGGGGCUCUCUGAUCCGCCAGCAGUCCAGCAUGGAGCAGCCCAGCCUGCCUCGACUCCAGGACCAGCGGCAGUCCCGCAACCCCAACCCCAAGAACACUGACAAGGGCUUCAUGAAUGUGCCUGACCAGGGAGUGGCUGGAAUUCAUCGGAGACGGUCGAAGGAAUACAAGCCUGUGCCAGGCUCAGGUCGUCCCAAGCCAGCCCCCAAACCCAAGCCGCGCACUCCACAGUGCAAAGCUCUGUGGCCCUACGACGCCCAGGACACGGAUGAGCUCAGCUUCAAUGGCGAUGACAUUAUUGACAUCCUAACUCAAGAUAGCUCUGGCUGGUGGUAUGGGCGUUUACGAGGACGAGAGGGAAUGUUUCCCGGCAACUAUGUUGAAAAAAUCUGAGCAAAGAUGUCAGUAACAGGAAUCAAUACCAGGAGGACUCGAUUAAUUUGUUCCGUGUGACAUGAGGAGGAUGUGAAACUGCCGUGAAUAAUCAGAGGCAGUAACAACUUGAACAAUGAAGAUGCCAAAUCUUUGGUGUUUUACUGACAAAAAAGCAAACUAGGCAUUAUUAAUUACAGGUUUUUCACACUGAUGCGCACAUAUACAUACAUACAUACAUACAUACAUACAUACAUACAUACAUACAUACAUACAUUCGUGCAUACAUACAUACAACCACACAGACAUACACCCAGUAAACAUGUUAGUAUCUUUAAAUCUAUUAGUUAUUUUAUUGAACAUAGGACAUAUAUAACGGAGCAAAUCUCUAACUGCUAAAAACAGUAGAUUUUGUAAUAGAAAUAUUUUUUCAUUUCGCAGUCAUGUAUUCUUAUGGUAUAAGAAAAAAGUGAACAAAUGUUUAAGCCUCUUGUCAAUGAAAUUGCCUUCUUCUUGAUGUUCCAAUUCCUGUGCAACUUGAAAGAAAUCUACUUAGAUAACUGUUGUACUUCUAAGAGAAUGCUAAACGCAUUUCUGGAUGUUGUUGCAUCUCAUUUUUGCCACUCACAGAAGUGCCAAAUAUUGGUAAUCAAGAUGGGAAUGUCCUUCCAGGAGAGUACCAGAAAGAGUACCAGAGUCUGGAUUGUGUUGUUUGGAGAAGAGGGUCUACUUACUUCUUUUCCUUGCUUUUCCUUACUUCUUUUUCCUUUCCUCAACCCUGUGUUAAUAGACACACCUCUGUUAUUCCAAUAGAAAAACACACUCUUUUAUACACAUUAAUUGUAAAGCUAUAUGAGACUGUUAGUGUGUUUGUCCUUAUGAUUCUACUCAUGAGGGAGCCCUGCCUUUACAUUCUCCAUAUUUCUGUCUAACCCCCUCUAGAACACUUUGAUGAGGCAACAUUUUUAUACAUAUAAAUGUGUCUGUGACCUCAUUAAAACGGUUUUAUCUUGUGAA